AUCCAAUAGUCUCUUUCAUGCUCGGGGACGUUCCGCGGUAUUCUUUGAUAUUAUUAAACGUGAAUUCGGGUCGAUGAACGAUUUCGGCAAAAAAUGACGGUUAAUUAUGCAAUACGAUGUACUAUAAACAGACAGUAAAUACGGAUUUGUGUUAGAAAACGAAAAAAAGGACAAUUUGAACGAAAAAUGUCGUAAACGGCAGGUUAGCGUGUUGUGUUUGUUUUCGGUGUUUCGGUGGAAACCAUGGCCAACUCCCCGACUAGUAUAGAAACACAAAUAGACAGUUUUUUGGAACAGUUUAAGAGAAGUGCGUCGAAGGCGAUGGAGGAGAGAAUGGAAUGGCCUGAUGGUCCAUCGCCAGGAGGUGUCGUCAAGUCUCGGAGCAGCUGCUUCGCCCUAGACGCAGCAGCUGAAGCGGAGUGCGAUGGCUGCGGCGAUGGAGACGAGGGUCGCAACGUCAGCGAGCUGCUGCUGCCGCAGUACGCGCUGGCGACGGGAGGGCUGGCGAGGGACCAUCGCCCUCUCAUCACCUUCCCCGACAACAACAACUUCCACAUCAUCACACCCUCAGAGUAUCGGCGGCUGCUGCUUUACCUCACCUCUGUGCCCUCGUUACUGGAAGCAGACAUGGGCUUCCACAUUAUCAUAGACAGGAGGAAAGACCGAUGGAAUUCUGUCAAAACAGUAUUAUUAAGGAUCUCAGAAUUCUUCCCUGGAAUAAUUCACGCAGUUUACGUACUUCGACCAGCUAGCUUCCUACAGAAGGCGCUGUCCGAAGUCAGUAGCAAAUUAUUUAAGGAGGAGUUCAGGUUCAGGGUGCUUGUCUGUUCUUCGGUUGAGGAGCUGUAUGAGCACUUUGAUAGGUCACAAUUGACGGCAGAUCUCGGCGGAGACCUACAGUAUUCACAUGCUGAGUGGAUACAACAGCGAAUAGCACUAGAGAAAUUUUCUACGUUAAUGAAGGAAAUCUCAAGUAAAUUGGAUGAGUUUAUGCAUGAAAUUGUGGACUGCGAUAUGGGAAAUGACCCGACACAAACCAAAGAUUUAUUAGACUGUCAGGAAAAUAGGUAUAAAGCUUUAAAAACAGAACUGGCGUCGGCAACGUCGCAAGGCGAAGAGUUGCUGACGCAAGUACGGAAACCAAAUCUUACUUAUAAUAUUAUCAGCCAUGUUGCCGCAGUUGAAAGAUUACUGGUGCAACUGGAUGAGACUGAGAAACAAUUCGACAACUUCUGGCAAAAACAUUCCACGAAGCUAAACCAUUGGCUUAAGUUCAGAACAUUUUUAUUAAACUUUAAACAAAUGCAGGCUACUUUAGACAAUCAUCUAAAAGCAGCAUGCGAUAUGACGGAGGUGGGCGAGACAGCAAACAGGGUAGACAGCCUUCUACAAGAGGCUGGCGACUUUGAAAAACUAUGUAACUGUGAUCUCGAUACUGCAACCUCAGUCAUUGACGACGGAGAGAAAUUAAUGCAAGACCCGUUAAGUCAAGUCGACCACAUAGAAUCAAAAUGCGAAGAACUGAGACGAACGAGCGCUUUACUAUUGGAAAAGAUUCAAAAACGAAACUUAUUACUGACUAAAGCUAGAGAACUAAUGGACAGGAUAGAUAAGGCAAACGAAUGGUGCACAACGGGCGUAGAAAUAUUAGCCGGCGAAGGAGGAUUAAUAGCAGUGGAUAAAUUACUGGAAGACGCUGCCAGUUUCGGACUAACUGCUCCCGACCAGUUCCGGGACAUGCUGAUGCAGUCAGCCACGCAGGAGACCAGGGCUUUAGUCACCCAGGUGGCUCAAAGAGUAGAAGACGUGUGGCUGAUGGUAUCCGUGAAGCGAGCUACUCUUCAAAGGGCAGCAGCGAAGCCGGCGCGGCCUGUCCAGUCAGUACCACCGCAGAGUGCAGUCAUACCAGCGACCAACCACCAGAUGGAGACGUCCGGAGGGUCGGAGAGUUCCGGUGGAGAGGACGCGGAUGCGCGGCAGGCACGUCGAGGUCACGUGCUGGCUGAGCUGCUGCAAACUGAAAGGGUCUACGUCCAGGAACUCGGCUCCAUACUCACUGGCUACAAGAACGAAAUCGAGAAACCAGAAAAUCAGCAUUUAUUGCCUGCAGCACUAGUUGGACAAGCCGAUGUAUUGUUCGGGAACCUACACGAACUGUUCACAUUCCACCAAGAUGUCUUCCUAAAGGAUUUAGAAAAGUCUAUAUCGGCGACUGAAUUUGUGGCACUAUGUUUUGUUGAAAAGAGGGACACAUUCUUCCGACUAUACAGCUACUACUGCCAGAACAUCCCUCGGUCCGAGCGCUUGCGGGAAACAUUAGUAGAUACGCACCUGUUCCUGCAGGCGUGCCAGCUGCGCCUCGGACAUAAGCUACCGCUCGCCGCCUACCUUCUCAAACCCGUGCAGAGGAUCACCAAGUAUCAGUUGCUACUUAAGGACUUACUUCGGUACAGUGAGUGUGGAUCAAUGACGACGGGGCUCCAAUCAGCACUGGACUGUAUGCUGGUUGUACUCAAAUGUGUCAACGAUUCCAUGCAUCAAAUAGCCAUCACCGGCGUCCCUCUGGACUUAAGUCAGCAAGGAGAGUUGCUGAUGCAGGGAUCAUUCCUAGUAGUAUCAGAGAACAAACGCGACCUUCGGCUGCGGAUACGUCCGCGACGGCGACACAUCUUCCUCUACGAAAAGGCCAUGCUCUUCUGCAAGCCUGCCACUAAGAACAGCCACAAUAAGGCCACCUACCACUUCAAACAUGAUUUACAGAUGUCGCAGAUCGGUCUGACGGAGUCGGUGAAGGGCGACGUGCGCAAGUUCGAGGUGUGGCGGCAGGGCCGCGCCGAGGUGCACACGCUGACGGCGGGCAGCGCCGACGUCAAGCGCGCCUGGGUCGAGCGCAUCAAGCGCGUGCUGCUCGACCAGCUGCACGAGCUCAAGGGGGAGCGCGUGCGACAGUACAGCGCGCAACACAGAACACUAAUCCAAACGAGCUCAUGGGACCUGGGCCCGCCCAGCAACCAGCCCGCGAAGCCGAGCGCGGUGGUACCGAGCGCGACCCGCACCGCGUCGUGCGACACCCACGACGAGCCGUGCUGGUCCACCGACCCCUCCGACGACGACGACGACGAACCCGAACACCCGCCGGCGGUGGGGUGCGCGCUGGUGGCGCUGUCGGACUACACGGCCGUGGGGCCCAGCGAGGUCUCGCUGCGGGACGGACAGCACGCCGAGCUGCUCAAGGUCGGCUGCGCCGGCUGGUGGUACGUGCGGCUCGCCGGUGGUCAGGGUGAGGGUUGGGCGCCGGCGGCGUACCUGGACCAGCGCAAGACGUCCCGGUCGUCGAGUCGCUCGCACGACCGGCUGCACGACCACUGAGCGCGCCGUGCCUCGCCCGAGCACGCCGCGCUGCGGUCUCGCACCGUCACUUCUCUCCAACCGGUACUAGACUCUCCAGCCUACCGCUUCCGAUCCGAAGCUCUGUGAAGUCUACGCCGCGUUUGGCAAUAACAUCUCGUUUUUCUUAUCAUCUCUAUCCCUCGGUCAGAAGUAGCUGGGUUUGUUUGAAAUAUGAGUAUGUUUAGAAGACCUUGUCCGCCGCAAAUUCUGGUGUUUUAGACCAAGUGCCUCAGAUAUAUAAGUCUUCUUCGUAGUCAUAUUCGGUUAGCUAUAAAGUUUUUCAGCACCAGUAGCGACCGCCCCGGACUCCACUUGUUAAAUAUUUUUCAAUGUAUGUAAAUGUUGUUCUAAAAAGCUUUAUUGUAAAUUAGAUUUAGCCAAAACGUGUAAACGUGUUGUCGUUACGAUAAUCCAAAGCUAUAUAUAGUGGCAUAGGACGUUGUUAAGUAGCUGUGACUGGUAUCGUAUCAUUUCUGUAUAUAAUCUACCUACCUACGUAUAUUUUUAAUUAUAGUUAUUUAUUUGAUGCUAGUUUAGCUUUCGGUGUUCAUUCGUGUUUACGUCUCAAUUCCCCAUGACAGACUGUAUAAUAUCUACCUACCAUAUUUUUACAGUGGAAAUCACGUCUAUAUUAUUAUAAAUCGUUAUUUGUUUUCAUAUCAUUCGUUAUUAUCAAAAUUUGCAAAAUUACGUAUUUAAAAAUGCGACGUUUGGUGCGAAUAGUACUUUAUAGGUGGUAUUUUUAUGAGAAAUCUUAACUAUGAAAAUUUUAAUAUAACUAGUGUAAUACUUGGAGGAUUGCACUUAAAUGUUAAUGUGUUUGCUAGUCGGCGUGAAUUAUUUUUACUAUCAAUUAUUAAUUAGCAUAAUAGCAUAUCAUGAAGUUUCGUUUGCUUUUUAUAUUUUUUGAUUAUAUUACUUCGUCUCGAGUAUCUUCAUCUUGUUGUAUUAUAAAGUCGAAUCUGCCUAAACAUAAAUAAAUUGUACCUAUCUACAUAAUACAUUAUAAUAAUUGUUCUUUUGUAUAAAAUUACGUUUAUACUUGAAAAUGAUCACAAUUACACUGAAUCGGCUCAUUUA